UGGUCUGAUGGAUUGGGAAACCCAACCUCAAACUCGCUUCCUCUUUGCCAAUUGUUGGAGCUCCGGAACAUCCUAUUAAGCUCUAGGGCUGACAUUGCCAAUGUAAAGUCAUUGAUAUUCGGCGGACUAAAGAAUAUCUUAGUCGCAUUUACAACGUCUCCUAAGAAGUUAGCCAUCCGCAAGCUGACUGACUGCUUCAAGAGCGCCGCUCUAGUCCUAGCUCGAGACUCUUUCAUGAUGCGCUGCAGCUCCUCUAUGCCAGAGAACGAUAUCUUGUACCAACUCAACCUGUCAACUUGGACUCGGAGAAUGUGGACCUUUCAAGAAGCCGUGGUUGCCCAGCGAAUUCACUUGCAAUUAUCAGACGGGUAG